AUGCCAGAUAGGGGCCUUGAUCUCGAUCGAUUCCUAGCAUUACCUGGUAGGGCUAUACACGCGUUAGGCAAGCGCAAACGUGACGGGGAGCGCCUUUGCACCCCAGAUGCCGAUAAGGACGACGAAGACGAGCCUCCUGCUGAGCACGAGCAUCAAUCUGAGCAUCAAUCUAAGGCAGAUUUAGAGCCCGAUUCUGAGCCUGAUAAUGACGAAUAUCCGGUGGUAUCUGAUGACGAAGGACGCCCUGAUAUCUUGGAAGGAAACACCGUUUGGACCGAGCAAUUGGCAGAGCAAAACGCCGAUAUAGAGGAGGCAGAAGCACCCGUUUUGCAGGAGGCGGAGGAGGCGGAGGCACCCGGAGAUGCAGAAACGGUGCCUGAACCGACGAUUGCUUGGAAACCUCCUACUUCAAAGCACCCAAUGAGCCCGUUUCUUUUUGCUUUUGCUGUUUGGUGUGAUAGGGUUAAUAUUAGUCGCCCAGAUUACGCUGCUUUGCUCGAGGUAAUACACCUAGCACGUGACAACCCGGAUGUUUGGAAACACCUCCCAAAUACGCUCGACACCCUCCAAAACCAUUACCAGGCACAGAUACCCGCACCGCCAAUCUACGAGUGCAAGAUCGAUCUCAGAUUAGAUAAGAUGCCAACGGGUCAAUCAGGGGCUGGUAAAGCCUAUUUUUUUGACCCAAUCGAGCUGACACAGACGAUAUUACGCUCUAAGAUGAGGCAGCACAUGCAUUUUGGUAUGGCGCAAUUGGUGGAGGAGGCGUCAGAAUUGUGGCACGGAGAGGCUUGGGCGGAGUCUAUUCGCACGUGCAGUGGUGUAUUUGCUCGAUAUCCUGACGGCUCUCCCAUAUUUCCUUCUGAUUUUGUCACGUAUCGAGAGUCCAAUAUGCUGCAUGCUGGGCGUGUACGAUGCAUUUACCAAGACAUGCGUACCGCACCUACCGCCGGUGCACCUACCGCCGGUGCACCUACCACCGGUGCGCCUACCACACCCAAUAUCGUCGUAUAUUUAGAGCCCGUCAUGGGAUACGUCGAUUUGGCUGACGAUAUCAAGCCUUUGGUGACGCACCCACCACCCCACCCUGGAGAGUGCUUCCUAAUCGAGGACAUCAGGUUGAUAUCAGCCAAUCAGAUAUUCGCUAGAUUAGGUGAAAACGUCACAUUUGAUCGCGAUUUCCGUGACGACAGAGACCUCGCUGAAGAGGCUGAAUUGCUCGGCAGUCAAGAGGCUGCUAGAGAGGGUGCUAGGUUAGCACGUCAGGCAGCACGUCAAAACGCUGGUAUGCGGGUGAAUCAAGCCCAGGCACCAAAUCAACGCCAGGCACCAAAUCACGGUAUGCCCCCACCUCCGCCUCCAAACCAAGCCUUCAACCCUACCGCAUUAAUCAAUAUACGCAGGGUAAUCAACCUAUCAAAACGCUCGAUUAGGGCAGUACGUCUUACCCACCCAGUCAGGGCAGAGCUCGAAAUCAAGGCGUACGGGGUAUAUAUGAUACCGUCUAACCUACCAAUCAGAGAGCGUACCAGGCUCGUUAAUGUCUUUCCCCUGACGCUUGGACCACACGGUAGCGAUUUGCGCGACGUUUUAGGGUGCCUGGAAACGCCCUCCAAAAAGCUCGAAUCCGGGGUAAUAAUGCAGAUUCCGUAUGGCGAAUCGGAGGCGCUAGUGGAGGCGUUUGUGUCGUCAUUUGCGCUAGGGUAUCUAGGUGAUAUGCCUCAGCAAAACGAAUGCGCUGGCUUCCUGCGCCAAAACGCUGCUUUCGGGUGCAGAAGCUGCCUAAUACCAUCAAAAGAAUACGGCAAUUUGGACUACGAUAUCACCAAAAGAGGCAGAUAUCACCACGUGACGCUAGAUAUUAGGACUAAAGUGUCAGAUAUGCCGCCUACUAGGCGCAAAGCGCAUCUCCGAGCGCUGGGUAUCAACGAGCUGCCCUCCCCUGUUUUGACGUCAUUAGCUCCCGCAAUUGACGUGUGUAGGAGCUUUCCGCCUGACCCCCCCCAUGCCGAGAUGUCCGGAAUAGGGCGUUUACUUCAGGAUCUUUUGAUCGACAAUCUCCUGUUGCCCAAUCAACGUGAGGCAUACGCCUCCGUCUUCCGGAAGCAAGCCCUACCACCAGGCUGGUGCAGGGUGCAAAACCCCCUACGUCAUCGCAAUUCCUGGGAUUUGAGCGAGCAAAGCAGGGCUUGUGUCAUAACGGCGAUGGUUUUGCGUACCUGGCUGACAAAUCAACGCCUCCAACCUGCCCUAUUACGUGCUAUCAGAGCAGAGUAUGAUGCAGAAUUGAGUCCUGAUUUGCGCCUAAAAGAGUGCGAUAUCGUGACUAGGGUCUAUAGCCAGUUAGCAUCGAGCUACACCCUGAUUACCAAGCACUGCUUGAGCGCUGAUAACGUGCAGAAUAUGAGCUCUUCAACGCUAAUUUGCCGAUCUCUGUCUCUUAGGCUGAUCAAUUGCGCGAUUAGCGCAGGUACGCGGGGCAGAGGUGGUGUGGCAUCACGUGCCUCCUCCUCAGGUGCCUCUCCAGCACCCAUCAACGAAGACGACGAUAUCUCUGAGCCUGGGAGCCAAUUAGGGGGUGCUCAGCCACCAAAGGCGUCAGCUAACGUGCUCGGGGGGUGGCUGAAUCGACCAAAUAUCCACGUUGCAGUGCAUUAUCACGAUUACUGCAGGCAAUACGCCACUAUCUGGAAUACCAACGUCCUAAUCGGAGAGCAAUAUCACCGUCUUUUCAAACGUCAGGUGACACACACCAACCACAAAGACGUUGAAUUGCAUCUUCUCCGCCACGACGGUAGGAAAAAGACCGUUAGAUUUGUCCUAGAAGGCGCUUUCGAGGAGUCAAAUCCGGAGAUAUCACGUGCCUUUGCUGAUCUCAAGAAGGUGUGCCCUACCCUAAUCGAAUAUCUGCUACCAGUGUCUUCACACCAAUAUCUAGAGGAAGCAGAAACAGGGGUAGAAUCAGCACCAAAUCACGUCAAUCCCAGGGUUUUGGGUCGAGUUCCCGCCAAUUACGUCAGAAACACCGCCCUUUUACCUACCAAAUCACGUGCUUCUGGCGUCUUUGACGAUAUUCUCCGAUUAGCGUACAAAAGGGACUAUUUGCGCCCAAAUAUCGUCGAUUUGGGUGCUAAACCGUAUGCUUACUACCAGCGAUUCACCUUUGUCGAUCCUACAGAGCAGAAACGUAUAGGGUUUACCAAAGGCACAUAUAUUACCCUAAGAGCACCAAAUCAGGGCGAUACACCUCCACUGGUAGGCCAAAUCGAGUAUAUCUUCACCCACAAAUUGCACCAAAUCGAGCGCCUAUUCGUACACGUGCAGAUAUAUGACGACACCGGAAAAUUAGACCCAAUAUCAUCGAUUCCGGUGCUCAAAUCAACCAAUCGGAGAGCAGUAUACGGGCUACCCGCUGUAUCGUCAAAACGCCUCUAUAUUCUGCCUUUUGACCCGUCAGAAUCGUCUUUAGAUAGGCGCUUUUGGUGGUGCAAUUGGGACGUUAGGUUCUGCUGA